CUAUAAAAAGACAGGGCUGCCCUGAGACAGCAGAGCUUCCUUAUUCACCAUGAAGCCUCACCAAUCCCCACUGAGUAACACUGUCUUCUUCCUCCUUUCUCUUCUCUGUUCAGAUGGGGACAAGGUCUGUGCAAUGCCAGGUGCCCAAGUAAUGGUCUUCAGGUCUCGAAUCUGGGAUGUCAAUCAAAAAUCCCUUUACCUACAGAAUGAUGAGCUAGUGGCAGGAUACCUACAAGGUCCCAAUUCUGCCCUGGAAGAGAAGAUUUACUGGAUUCCUAACCGUAACUUUAAUCGUGAGAAGUUCCCGAUCAUCCUGAGUAUUCGGGAUGGGAGUCAGUGCCUGGCCUGCUCCCUCGGGGACCAACCUGUGCUCCAGCUUGAGAGCAUCCGCAUCUCAGACCUGUACAAUGACGGCAAGGAGGACUCUACCCGCUUUACCUUCUUCCGGUCUCACAAGAAUGGAAUGUGGCGCUUUGAGUCUGCUGCCCACCCAGGCUGGUUCCUUUGCACCUCCUCCAAAUCCAACGAGCCCAUCGGCCUCACGAGGAACCCAGGAUCCGCUCAUGUCAUUGACUUUUACUUUCAGUCAUGCUGAGCCCGAGGGCUCUCAGAGAAAGAUCUCAUGUGCAUGGGCACCCAGUUUUCCGCCAUUCCCAUCUUCCCCUUGAAAGUUUGAUUUCUCGGCUGGGUCAGCUUUAGGGAUGGCUGAGAAUGGGGGAACUCCCAGAAAUCCCUCCCAGCCACAGAGGUAUAUUUUCUGGGCAGAUCACCUCUGCUGCAUUUAACAUUGGUGACCAUUGUGGCCAGAAUCUACAGGAAGCUAACAACCAAGUAGGGGUGUCAACCACCAGGUGGGACUUGAGGGGAGGGGGCUGGAAUUACAGGUAAUCUGCAGACUACAGAGAUCAUUUCCCUUGGAGAAAAUAGAUGGUUAGGAGGAUGGACUCUAUGAUAGUGUACUCCAAUGAGGUCCUUGUCCUCCCCACCCUGUCCUCUCCACCCCUCAAUCUCCAGGAGUUUCCUAACCUGGAUCUGGCAACCUCCCUCCCCACCUGCAUCACUCUCUGGUUGGCCAAAUGGUACUUGGCAACCCCACAAUUAAACCAUGUGGUGAUAGUCAUCUCCUGUUGCUGGUCCUCAGCACCUGGUCUUUAGAGACAGAAUUCCUUGGAACACGACUUUUCCUGGCCAGAAGCCACCAGUAGACCUUAAACAGGGAUGGAUUUACAGAUGUGUAUUUGACUAUAUUGGUCUUUUUAUUUCAAAAAUAGUGACGAAAAUAUCUGAAAUAACAUUUUCUACAAAUCUAGGGGUCACAGGUACAAUUGUUCCAAAAUCAUUCUCAUUUGGUUUUAAACAACAUGAGCCAAUGGUGGACCACAAGAAAAGUUAUCGGCUCCCCUCCCAAACUUGUCAUUCAGUUUUCAGUUCUGGUUCUGAAUUGUAAGUCCAAAGCCCACCCCUGUUCCCUGCAUGUUUGCACUGGAGCAGGACCUGAAAACUGCAAAGCAAGAGCCAUUGGGGCCAAAUUCCUGGUAUCCAUUCCUCCCAAAAGCCGCAACUCAUUCUUCUUAGUUCAGUCAGCAACCUCAGUACUCUCUCUGAGAACUGUCACUAGCCGAGGGAUGAGUCAUAGUAGCAAAAGAUGGUGUGACCAAAGCUUGUCUGAAAUAGACUCAGAGCUGAAAUUCAGGUUACUUAAAAAAAUACAAUAAAACUUGCUUGAAAAAACAAAAGGAUAACAUCAGGAAUUCACCUAUUAGAGGGCCAAACUUUUCCUGACCACAUAAUGUAGUGUUUAGUGUCAGGCUAGAAUGUGAGGGGUCUGGGUUCAAAUCUCCACACUGCCAUGAGUGGAAGUCCAGAAUGACAAAACAUAGUUAACUUUGAGAGGAGAGAUGUAGGGCAGACUGUCCUCCUCAGUGUUUCAUGUGGGCUUUUACUUCCAACACCAGAUGUAGGGGAAGCCUUUCAGACAAAUGCCAUGCUGGCAACAGAGUAAAGAAAAUGAGAGUUAGCGAUUGCUCCUUCCCAAUGGAAACAGAAGCUCAAGAUCAGAUCUUAAUUCUCAUAUCUCUUUCUCUCGGCUUGGCUUUGCGAACGAAGAUUUAAGAAGGGUGCAAUAGUCCACGUCUGCUGCAGGCUCGCUGGUGGCUGACAAGACCAAUGUGGGACAGGCAGGUCCGGCCGCAGCGGCUGCAGGGAAAAGUCUGAUUUAGGGCUGGCGCCGUAGCAGUGCGAUUCUUCCUCAAUCUUCCUAAUUCUCAUAUAGCACAUCUGUAAAUUCAUUUUAUUCCUCUCAAUUAAUCCUAAUUCAAAGUAACAACCAGGUAAGGAAGAGGUUGUUUUUAAUGGAUUUUCACUAAAGGAUAUGUGGGGAGAAGGGUUGAGAUUUCUCAGGUAUUCCACUUUUCCUUCAGAAUUAACACACAAGAGGGGAGUAAUCUUGCUCAUGUUCUAAGUGGGCCUAUCCCUGAUUAAGAAAAGAGCUGAAGUUUCUAGAAGUUUCUAUUAUGGAACAUAAUACCCACUUGAGUUGAGGGAAGGACACAAAGGAAUGUUUGCAGUUUGAUUUUGCACACAGAGAGUCUGAUAGUGUUGGACAGUUUUUUUGGGGGAGGAGGUUCCUUAGCUGUACUUAACAAAAAGUGGAGGGAUUCUUGGUGUACAGUUACUGUCUCUGAGAAUUUGACACAGGAUCAACUGUUGUGCUGCUUGCUGCAGGAAUCUUGUUUGCUUUCCCUGUGGUCUGUGUGUAUGCUUGUCAAAAAACAGAUAUUAAACAAAAGUUGAACCUU